AUGGAAGGAGGAGGAGCUGCGCAAUACAACCCUCGAACCGUGGAAGAAGUCUUCCGUGAUUUCAAGGGCCGUCGUGCUGGCAUCGUCCGAGCUCUCACCACCGAUGUGGAAGAGUUUUUCCAGCAAUGUGACCCUGAGAAGGAGAAUCUUUGCUUGUAUGGAUUCCCGAAUGAAGUGUGGGAAGUGAACUUACCAGCUGAAGAAGUGCCUCCAGAGCUCCCUGAACCUGCACUCGGCAUUAACUUUGCCAGAGAUGGAAUGCAGGAGAAAGACUGGCUUUCUCUUGUUGCUGUCCACAGUGAUGCCUGGUUGCUUUCUAGAGGCUUAGAUGGCAAGAGCUCAAAGCCGAUACAGGCCAAGGACGACGAGGAAGAAGGAGUAGAGGAAGAGGAAGAGGACGAGGAGGACGAAGACGAACACGGUGAAACCCUGUGUGGAGCUUGUGGAGAUAACUAUGCUUCUGAUGAAUUCUGGAUUUGCUGUGACAUGUGCGAGAAAUGGUUCCACGGGAAGUGUGUGAAGAUCACUCCAGCUAGAGCUGAGCACAUCAAGCAUUACAAGUGCCCUUCUUGCAGCAACAAAAGAGCACGAACCUGA